ACAGUACGACAGACAGGAAGUCAGUUAGUUCUGAGGCGGUGUACACAUUUUUGAUUUCAUGUCAUGUCCUUGAAAGACCUGUCAGUACCGCUGUUGUGACGAGUAUCAUUUCAUUAUUUAGCUAACCGUCGUCAAAGUAUAUUAGGUAUGUAAAGCUUUCAUUACAGUUAACCAAGCGACCACUCAAGGUGAAAACCUAAACCUGUCAGGUCAACAGUAACAGCGCCACCAUGGGGGUUCUCAUGUCCAGAUCCAUGGAUGCAAACUUUAAAAAGCAGCAAGAAUUCAUGCUCCACAACUCACGGCUGCAGAUGGAGCGUCAGAUCCUGAUGCAGAACCAGAUGAGAGAGAGACAGAUGGCUAUGCAGGUUGCCUGGUCCAGAGAGUUUCUCAAAUACUUUGGUACUUUCUGUGCCGUGGCUACAUUUGGACUUACUGUUGGUGCCAUUAAAAGAAAGAAACCGGCCCUAUUGGCUCCCAUCGUCCCUCUUGGCUUCGUACUGACCUACCAGAUGGACAGCGCCUAUGGAACACUUAUUUAUCGCAUGAGAGGUGAGGCUGAGGCUAUCAUGACAUCCGAACAUGACCGUCUGGACUUACCUCAUGGGACUCCGACUUUCGAAAGCAUAGAGAAAGCCCGCCGUGCUCGAAGCAGCCUCGCCUCCUUCCUGGAGAAAUGACGUGUUGGUUAUUUGAGAUAAAAUCAUAACCGUUCAGUCAAUGCAUUCACCUAUUCUGCUUUUGCCUAUUUGUCUCAUACCAACUGCCUUUUUGACAUUACUGCGUCUAUGGUUUGCACUAAUUCUAUAUCAUGGACCUUGAGUCAAAUUAGUCUCGAUAUGAUGUUAUGAUGUUGUUAUUUUUGUGAGUAUUGUCAUUAGAGGUGCAUCCUCAGCCAAACACAUAAACUUAAGCUAAACAAAAUACUUGAGUUAGUCAGGAAUACACCUUCAGUACUGUGGUAUAUCAUGAAAUAAAGACUGCAGCUGUGUCCCAAAUCCAGACUUCAUACCAAUUCAAAACAGUAGGUACUAUAUACUUUACCAAAUUAUGCCACCAGGGAAUGAUAUAGUAUGUAUCUGCAUCUUUGGAAAGCUACUGCCAAAUCAAACCUCAUAAAGAGACAUCACAAUGUGUCAUAUUAGUGUUUAAACAAGUGAACAAAAUACACACAGGAAAUUUGUGGAGAGCACAACAGAUAUGUCAAUUUAACAAAGUAAAGUGCAUGCUUGAUUUCUCUCUGUCACCCUCACUAGCCCCAUCUACAAGCCAAAAUGUAUAUAUUAAAGAGUAUUUUGUCUUGGAGUUACACUACAAUGGGCUGAAAGUUGGGUUUUAUUUUAAAAAAGAUUAAAUUAAUUAAUGAGAGAAAGUGGAUUUUAAACUAUAGAGUUUUUUUACUGACAGACAUCAACAGAAAGACAAAAAGACAUUUAGUUAAUCAUUCUUUAGUCAGAAAGUGUCCCCUCACAUUUUGGAGGAUGGUGUUUGAGUCGCAAAUUUAGACCUCUUCUUAACAUGCAGCAAGCGAGUGAACCCUGGUGGAUGGAGCCUGAAAAUGUUCAGAUAUACUACAUGUAACAACAACAUACAGGGGCCCUAUCAAGCCCUGAUCAAGCCUCAGGAAUGGCUUACUGUUGCUCUGAAAUUAGUUUGCCGCUGCACAAAGCUUUGCAAAUCUAGGACAUCUUCCCUGGGAAAAACCUAAAUAAUCUGAUGUCCACUUGUUUGCAUGGUGUUCAGUUAUGAAGAGGUGUAAGUAGCGGAGCUUUUUAAGGUUUAGACAGGACAUAAUGUCCCUCAGCCAGCAUUAAAAAAAUUAAUAUUUUGCUUACCACCACUAACAAUUUAUUUUAACCAGCUAAUGCAGCUUUGCCUUCUUAACAAGUUUCAUUGUGGGAGAAUUGUGUGCAUCCUUAGGAUGCUCAACAAGCAACCAUGUCUAGUAUGCAUGCUGUCUGGUUUGACUUCAUUUUGUUACUUGCUUACACCACAUACUAAAAUGCAGCUUAGCGUCAGUAUAUAGCAUGAAACUGGGACACAGCGUACAUCUAAACAAGUUGUGUUUAUUCCUUUUAAUCAUGUUCAUAUUAAAAGCAGCAUUAAGUGAUUUUUGACCACUAGAGGGCAGAAAGAAGCCUCACAUAACUCUCAAAGUGUCUGAGGUCAUGGCGGACACAUGGCUGAUGUUUCAGCCAACAGUUGGCUAUUGCACAUUGGGCAGACACAAAACAACAAGGAAAUCUCAUCGGUGUAUAUUUUCUUGCAAGCUGACACGUGCAAAUGCAAUAUUCAUAUUUUGCAGCUGUAGUUUGACUUAUAAGCUCUGUGUUUUCCCUAAUUUGAUGCUUAGCUUUUGGGUUUUACAUUAGUUAUCUGAUACGCCCUGCCAAGCAGGUUCACUCACUGUCAAAGCAAUAAUCAGUGAUCAAAAGUUUAUUAUCAAAUUUUAAUUGGAAAGUCAUUUGUCCUGACAGCAGAAGAUUGUUAUGACUUCAAACUGUAUUACUGAAACUUUUGAUCAGUUUAACUGAGAGAGUUAAUUUGUUAAGGUUGAAUUUGAGUGCUAAGGAGCUUUAUAACAAAGGAUUAGUUAGCAUUGGUGCACCCAUAAGUUUUAUUUUUAUCACCACAUUUGUGUUUAGUGGAUGUAAAAUAUUACAAGGUGCUGAUAUUUAUGCAAUGUGUAUUUACCAUAAUUUUAACUCAUGUUUGACAUCAUGGAAACUAUAUUUGAAUAAAUAAAUAAAUAAGAAAUAUU